AAUCCAUGACGCCGAAUGAAAAUUCUGGAAUUAAAUAAGGAAUCUGCAGCAAACUGUAUGAAAAGAGUCUUAACAAGAGAAAAUGAACUCAGAAACAUUAAACGACACCGCAAAUGCUUCGAGGCCUGUAGACUCUACUCGUGUUUUUGGCCCUCAAAGAGAUACACUAUAUAUAGUACUGCCUAUUACUAUUAUCUAUACAUUUAUAUUUGUAUCAGGGUUAUUGGGUAACAUAUUCACGUGUAUCGUAAUUGUACGCAAUAAAAAUUUGCAUACUGCCACCAAUUAUUACUUGUUCAGUUUGGCGAUUUCGGAUCUCUUACUAUUAGUGAGUGGAAUGCCACAAGAAAUGUAUUCUAUAUGGUCCAAGUGGCCAUAUGUCUUUGGGCACACAUUCUGCGUCAUCAGAGGCCUGGCUGCUGAAACUUCGACUAACGCUAGCGUCUUAACGAUAACAUUGUUCACGAUCGAGAGGUACCUAGCUAUAUGCCAUCCAUUUGUUUCACAUAAGAUGUCAAAACUUUCCCGGGCAGUGAAACAUGUAGUUUUAUUGUGGGUCGCAGCCCUUGCGCUAGCAUUACCGCAGGCUCUUCAAUUCGGAAUACGCCAAUACCAGGGUGUGAUCAUGUGUCUACAAACCCGUGUUAUAAUUGAACACUCGUUCGAAAUCUCGACAUUUGUCUUUUUCUUAGCGCCAAUGGUUUUAAUCACGGUGCUAUAUUCAUUUAUUGGACUAAAACUCAGAGAGAAAAGUAAUAUGAAAGAACAAAAUCAGAAUGAUUUUGAAUCAAGUAUUAGAUAUAGUCACAAGAUGUGUCGGAAGCCAAGCCAAUCAACGCGGAGAGUCAUCAAAAUGUUGGUGGCAGUGGUCGUCGCUUUUUUCAUCUGUUGGGCUCCUUUCCACGCGCAACGUCUUGUCGCUAUCUACGGCACCAACGAAAAUCACCUCGCAAAAUCCCCGAUUCUGUUCUCAGUAUACUUGUUCUUGACUUACAUCUCCGGAAUCUUCUACUACAUGUCGACGUGCAUCAAUCCUAUCUUGUACCACAUCAUGUCGAACAAAUUCAGAGAUGCUUUCAAGAUGACCCUGUGCUGCUGCGGGACGCGCAAUGAUACCGCCGUCAAGCGCUCUUCGUACACGGCCAUGGCAUUCGUGCGGAAUCCGACGUCCAGCGGCACUUCCAAUUCAGGCAACUCGAUCAGAAACGAGACUAACCUUCAAUCCAAGACAAGAAGAACCAACAGUAGAGAUAAAAUCCUCAAUGGCGCUCACGUGUGCGGUAAUGGAACCCUGUCAAGCACGACCGUCGCCAAACCAGACAGCCGAACCAACGGAGAUCGCCUCUUAGAUAGAAACCUCAUCAAUGAAACAUACUUCAACACGAACUGUUAACCGACAUCAGAAAUUUUUUUCACGAAAGCUACUCAGAGGGCAAUCAAUUUUAAUAAUAACCACAAAUAGCAAACAGAAUAUCCUUUAAUGAGUAUGUUUUACGUAUUUUACAAUUAGUUAGUAUGAUAAAUUCAAAUACAUUCCGUUUUAGUAAGUAAUUAAAUAAGUGUACGAUAAAUAAAUUGAACUUAUUGAUUUUUGAAUGAAUAAAAACGAUUAGUGGAGGAAAAGUGGAUCGUCCUAGCUUUGACAUAAGAACCUCUUUGUGGCGUAAGUACUAUAGUGUAUGUGUAAGUACUAUAUGUAGGCUUGCUAUUAGUACAUUGGGUUACUGUAUUUGAACCAAACAUCGAUUUUAUAUUACAGGGUAUAACAAAAAAUGUCCGAUUCGUAUGACUAUUAUGUUAGACAGGUAUUGUGAGACAAAUAUGGUUCAAUUUUAAUUCAUUGAAGAAGUGAUUGUGGUAAUAGAUUGCAUAGGCGCUACCUUCAA